GGAGUGGGAGCGUUGAAAGCGAUUAGCUAUUAACAUGGGCUGGGAUGACUGAGUUUCUUUAUCAUUCGUCUCGGAGCCUCCUUCCCUUUUAGACAUUAGGUAAGACCGUCAGUAGCUUUUCCGAGCUGGUCAGUCAUGCUGCGGCGCCCAGGGAAACGGUUAGGAGUGUGCUUAAACGGCAAGAAAAGGAAGAAGUUAAACUUUGUGGUCUUCGCAGAACUCUGCAGGAAGAGAGGAAUUGAAGUCAUCCAGAUCGACUUGACCAGGUCCAUCGAGGACCAGGGCCCCUUUGAUGUGAUCAUCCACAAACUCUCUGAGCUGAUAGUGGAAGCAGAACAGGCAGAUUCACAGUCUCAGCAGCUCCUACGAAAGUUUCAGGAUUAUGUUGACUCCCAUCCGCGUACCAUCCUUCUGGAUCCUUUGCCAGCCAUGCAGAGACUCGCAGACCGUUUCCAGUCCUACAAGCUGAUUCAGGAGCUGCAGAGCAUGGACCAAGGUAACCAUUUCUGUAAUCCUCCUUAUCUGGAGCUGGAAACAGAAAACCAGAGUGAGAUCCUGCGACAGAUUAAAGAACAGAAUUUGUCUUUUCCAUUCAUUUGCAAGACCAGGGUUGCACAGGGAUCGAGUUCCCACAAUAUGGCUCUCAUCUUCAGUGAAGACGGUCUACAGGACAUCAGUCUGCCCUGCGUGCUACAGAGUUUCAUCAAUCAUAACGCUGUCCUCUAUAAAAUCUUUGUGGUUGGUCAGUCGCAUUUUGUUGUGAAAAGACCAUCCCUGAAGAAUUUUGCCCUUGGUAAAUCAGAUAGGAAAACGAUAUUCUUUAAUAGUCACGAAGUUUCGAAACCGGAAUCUCGCUCUCACCUAACACAGAGGGACGAACAGGAGAACCACCCAAGUGGACCAUCGGAUGGGAUUAUUCAAUCCAUCAGCCGAUGCCUGCAGAUGUCCCUGGGAUUGUCACUGUUUGGGGUGGAUGUCAUUGUCGACAGCAGAUCUGGCAAGCUGGCAGUGAUCGAUAUCAAUGCAUUUCCAGGGUACGAAGGUGUUCCUGAAUUCUUCAACGCCCUGUUGGACCACGUUGAAACACUGCUACGUGAACAGGAAAGGAAUCUCGAUGGAGCCAUCGCCGACAUCAGUCAACCAGUCCUUCCCAACUGGUUGCAAAGCCCCCAGGAGAAGGACUCAGCCCCCAGUAACCUCAGGAAAGAGCCGUGGAUGGCAGAGGAAGCUCUUGUAGGGAAGUGGCCCAUGGACUCUGCCUGUUUCCAGGAAUUGGUCACUCAGUCACCCAUCCAUUGCCAGUCCAGCUGUGAGUAGUUCAACCCUCCCAAAGGGUCCGUCAUGGAACUGAUUGAGAACUUGAGAUAUUAUUAGAAGUUUUAUUAUAUUUGCCUUGAGAUUAAUGUUAUGGAGAGUUUAAUUGCUUUGUAUGUUCAACAUAUUAUUGUAGAUUAACUUCUUAUUAAUAAAAUAUAUUUCAGAUAUCUCUUGAGUUGUGAUAUUAAACAUAGAAUAAUCUGUCAAUUUAUUCUGUUUGUUCAGAAUCACCUGUAUUAUCACUGAAAUAUGUUGUGAAAUUUGUUUUGGGGCAGCAGUACAGUGCAACUCAUUAAAAAUGCCACAAGUUACAAUAAA